GUCCUCCUUGCUUUCCUCCUCGCCUUCAGAAGAGCGAUCUAUCUUCAACUUGCAUCGCACUCAGCACUGUCACUACUGGGAUCCAGGCGCUAUCAUGGCGCAGCGCAUGGCUCGUAUGCGUCCGAGGGGAACCGUUUUUACCGUGCGCCCGUACUGGGCUCUGCUUCUGGCAUCUGCCUGGAUGGCAUUGGCAACGGAACCGGCGCUUUGUGACAGCGGUGGAUUUUUGAAACGCAACAGCGAAGGGGAUCUCGCGUUUGACAGCGGCGCCACUGGCGACGUCGGCGCCGGGGAAGAUGCGAUGCCGUACCAGCCUGGAUUCUCCUACCAGGACGCCGACCCGGGUGGAGCGGUUCACCCGCGUCUCCGAAGAGCGGCGGCCCGGGAUAAAGUCUCGUUGCUCAGCAGCUCGUUCGUGCUCAAGGGGGAUGCCACUCACAACCAGGCGAUGGUUCACUGGACCGGCGAGAACAGCAGCGUCAUCCUCAUCCUCACCAAGUACUACCAUGCCGACUCGACCAAGGUGCUCGAGAGCUCCCUCUGGAGGUCCAGUGAUUAUGGCACCACUUACACCAAGCUGAAUCUGAACGCUGGAACAACCCUAAUUGUGACCAACUUCUACAUCUGUCCCAGCAACAAGAAAAAGGUGAUCCUGGUGAGCCACAACAUCAAUGAGGUGGAGCACAUGCUCUUCAUCAGCACGGACGAAGGCGCCAACUUCCAGCGCCAGCCGCUCAGCUUCCGGGUGGACACGGUGCACUUCCACCCCAAGGAUGAGGACAAGAUGCUGGCCUACAGCAAAGACGCCAAGCUGUACGUAUCCACCGAUUUGGGACGCAAAUGGACCCUGUUACAGGAGCGGGUCACUAAGGACCAUGUGUUCUGGUCUGUCCCCGACGUCGACACAGACCCUGAUCUGGUGCACAUGGAGAUGCAAGACACCAGCGGAGGGUUCCUCUACGUGACGUGCCUGAUCCAGAACUGCUCUGAUAAGAUGGUGACCGCUCAGUUCCUGGGGAAGAUUGACCGCGACUCACUGACCGUGCAGAACGAGUACAUAUUUGUGAAGGUGACCACUGGGAACAGGACCAAGCACUAUGUCUCCUUCAAGAGGAAUGAGUUUGUCCAGAUGCGCUUCCCCAAAUACGCUCUACCUAAGGAUGUGCAGAUCGUCAGCACGGAUGAGAGCCAGGUCUUCCUGGCGCUGCAGGAGUGGUACCAGACGGACGUGUACAACCUGUACCAGUCGGACCCGCAGGGCGUCUACUACUCCAUCGUGCUGGAGAACGUACGCAGCACCAAGCAGCCCGAGGAGAGCGUGCUCAUCGACAUCCUGGAGGUGCGAGGAGUGAAGGGCGUCUUCCUGGCCAAUCAGAAGGUGGAUGGCAAGGUCACGACCCUCAUCACCUACAACAAGGGGCGGGACUGGGAGCCCCUGGCCCCACCCACCACAGACAUGAAUGGCAAACCAAUGACAUGCAAGCUGCCUGACUGUCAGCUGCAUCUCCAUCUGCGCUGGGCGGACAACCCCUACGUUUCCGGAACGGUCCACACCAAAGACUCAGCCCCCGGCCUCAUCAUGGGCGCAGGUAACAUUGGAUCUCAUCUGGUGGAGUACAAAGAGGAGAUGUACAUCACCUCUGACUGUGGCAAGACGUGGAGACAGGUGUUUGAGGAGGAGCACCACAUCCUCUACCUGGAUCACGGGGGCGUCAUUGUGGCCAUCAAGGACACCUCCAUCCCACUCAAGAUACUCAAGUUCAGCAUUGACGAGGGGCGCACAUGGAGCAUCCACAACUUCACCAGCACGUCAGUGUUUGUAGACGGCGUCCUCAGUGAACCGGGAGACGAGACCCUUGUCAUGACUGUGUUUGGUCACAUCAGCUAUCGGUCAGACUGGGAGCUGGUGAAGGUGGAUUUCCGCCAGUCCUUCCCCAGACAGUGUACAGAGGCCGACUACGACUCCUGGAAACUCACAGACCUGCAGGGCGAGAAGUGCAUCAUGGGCCAGGAGAGGACGUUCCGCAAGAGGAAGGACACCGCCUUCUGCAUCAAGGGGAAGAGCUACACCUCCGCACUCACCUCCAAGCCCUGCCAGUGCACAGAGAAGGACUUCAACUGUGACUAUGGGUUUGAGCGAGCGCAGAACCUGAAGUCAGAGGGCGAGCGGUGCUUUGCUGAUUUCUGGCACGACCCUGACGCCCCACCUGAGGACUGCCACAUUGGACACACCUACGAGUCCAGCACAGGGUACCGUAAGGUGAUCUCCAACGUGUGUGAUGGGGGUGUGAAUAAGCAGCAGAGUGCCAAGCAGCACAACUGCCCCCUGUUGCCCCCCUCUGAACUGCAGCUCGGCAUCAAGGGACAGAUGCUGGCCGUGGCGCCCGGUGAUGACAUCACAUUCAUCGUCCAUCAAGAGCAGGGUGACACCAGCAGCACCAAGUACCAGGUGGACCUGGGGGACGGAGUGCGGGCCAUCUACCAGAACCUGACGGUAACGGACGAGCCCAUCCAGCACCGCUACGAUGCGCUGGGGGUGUACCGCGUCACCGUCAGGGCCGAGAACAACGCCGGCCACGACCACGCCACCCUCUACAUACAGGUCACAGCUCCUCUCCAGGAAGUCCACCUGGAAGUGGUUCCCAUUGCUGGUAAAAACCAGGAAGUGAACCUGACAGCCACAGUGCUCCCAUCUGAAGCCAACCUGACUGUCUUCUACUGGUGGAUCGGGGACGACCUGCAUCCCAAGCUGACCCUGGAGAGGACCCUGUCUGUGCGUUUCGAGGAGCCGGGAGAGGUGUCUGUUACGGUGCAGGCCUCCAACGGACGCUCCAUGGUGCAGGACUCCAAGACCGUGCGCGUGUUCGACCACUUCCAGGUGAUUCCGCUGAGCUUCAGUAGAAACUUGGAUCGCUUCAACCCUAACAUCCCAGAGUGGAGGGAGGACAUCGGGCAGGUGGUGACCAAGAUCUUAGCCAAGAUCACCGGGAUUCCACAAGACUCGCUGGUUACCAUGGUGAAGCCAGGCCUGCCCACCACAGCGGAGCUCUACGUCCUUCCUCCAGAGACGACCACGGCCAAGAGGAGUGUGUUUGUGGACAAGCGCAUCGCCACCAUAAAGCAGGCCCUGAAUGAGAACAACGUGAGCUUCAUAGUGCGAGGGGGACUACAGGUGCUGGUGUCCCUGGCCGACAUAGACGCAGGAGGGCGCUCUGGGGCUGCCAGUCCAGGCGUGUGGGCCCUGGCCGUCCUCCUCCUGCUCAGCCUCAUAUCCAGCGGAGCCUUUAUCAUCUACAAGUUCAAAAGAAAGCUGCCCGGCAGGAACGUCUAUGCCCAAAUGCACAACGAGAAGGAGCAGGAGAUGACCAGCCCGGUCAGCCACAGCGAGGACACGCAGAACAUCAUUCAGGGCGAGGAAUUUAUCGACGACGAUCUGGACUCACAGACACUGGGCAACCAUUCGGGCGUGGUGCUGAGCAUCAACUCCAGGGAACUCCACAGCUAUCUGACCAGCUGAUGCGAGGAGGGGCGUGGUCCAGUCGAGGAGGCGUGGCUUAAAGAGCACUGAGGACUCUUAUGUCGUCUUUUUUCCUGAAGUCUGAUUGGUUCCCACUCCUUCACCACGAACACCACUACCGACCGCCCUCCGAAUCCACACUUCCCCUACUGCUAGGAAAGGGGGGUAAUGAAAGGAGGGGGAUAUGGAGCCUCUCUGAACCGAACCAGUUUCCUGUCCUACCCUUUCGCCCAGGGCCUUCCUCUGUUCUCUCCUCCCUUACUGCUUCCUUUUGUCUCGCUGUCCCCCACUUGUCCCCCUUACUUCUUUUCAGCUCACACCCUCUGUUUCUCUCUCUCUCUCUCUCUCUCUCUCUCUCUCUCUCUCUCUCUCUCUCUCUCUGUCUCUGUCUCUCUCUCUCUCUCUCCCCUUCUCUCUGUUUGUGAGACCAGAGGUGAUCUUGAACCUUGUCACUCUUUUCACUCGACCUUCACCCCUUCACCUUGCACUUACGCUGUUUGGAAGCAUCUGCAUCAUCUCCUCUCGGAGGAGGAAGAAGAAGAUGAAGAUGAAAUGAGUGUGUGACAUUUCCUGCCCUUCUAACUGUUCAGUAUGGCCCAGGGUGUGACCAUGCAGUUGGACUGUACUGCCCAAAUGUUUUUUGCCUGUUUGCUUUUUUAUAUAUAUAUAUAUUUCGCUUUUGUUUGACAUUUUACUGGGAUACUCCAUUCUUUCAUCAUGUUUCUUUUCUAUACUUUCAUCUUUGCGGUCCCUGUUGAUUCCACCUUGAGAGUGUCCUCUGUCUCUCUCUCUCUCUCUCUCUCUCUCUCUCUCUCUCUCUCUCUCUCUCUCUCUCUCUCUCUCCUUUUAAUAUCAUACAUACAUACAUCUUACAUUUGACAUUUUACUGGGUUGUGGUUUGUUGUUCUCUUUCAAUGAGUUGUUGUAAGUAAAGGUUUCUUACAAAGGCAGGUUCCGUCCCAGCAUCCAGCUUCAUUCUGGUCACAGGAGGAACUCGUCUUUGGUUAGGGGGGAAAUCUAAGCAGGUGUUUUUAGAGGAUGCUUACUCACUGUGGUCCUUGAGCACGAACGAAUGUCUUCUUUUGAGGCUGCUGAGGCUGACACACAGAAAAGAGCUUUGGGGCCCAACCCAAAUCAAAUCCAGACCUCUUUUUCAUCAAGUCUCUCUCUCUCUUGUCUUCCUUUUCUUAAUCCUCCUUCCUUCCUUUGUCUCUGUCUUGAAAGAGUCUUUGAAGUGGCGUUAUGGUUUGAUGUUUGAACAUGACAUGAAAUGCUCUUGCCACUUUAGAACGAUAUCUAGCUCCUUGUCAACAAAUGCAAUAAUAAUCACUCUUCCCAUAAAGGGUGGACACUGCUCUGUGCGGUGUCAUAGCAACAGGCGUCAAGGACUCUCUUCAGCCACACGAUGGCGCUGCUGUACCAUUUGAGAUUGGGCAGUGGAUGGUAAAGAGGUGAGGUACAGUAGGAGUAUUGUACUGCCCCCGUCUGGCUGCUGAUUCACAUUGCAAGUCGUGGUGUGGGACACACAACCCCACAUUGACGUGUCGUCCAUUGUAUCCCUUCAUCAAAGCGCAUGAGUGUUUUACAAGACAAGCGUUUUAUGCAGCAGGAACAAUAAUCAUUUUAACAGUCAUUUUUGCAAAACCCAACAGUCUAAAUUAAUCUGUAGUCCUCUUGUCUGUUUUGUCCACUUCUAUUUAUUCUCCUACUGGCGCAUUGGUUAUUGUUGUUAUGUGCCGCUAAUCAACAGCACAUCUUGCUGCCCAAGCAAAUCAUGUUAGCAUUGGUUUUCUUCCAUCCCCUUCUUUCUUUGUCUUCAUCUGUGUGAUUUUUUUUUAACUUCCCUCCAUCCAGAGCACAGAUGUUGCUUCUGUAAUAAAGGCCUAUAUUAGGCUGAGCGGAACGCGGAGAGAUUCCCUUUAGUUUGGCUCCUGUAUAUAGCCUAAUGCGUGUACAUAUAUUAAUAACAAGAAUUAGUUCUGAACAAUGAAAGGAAACCACGUCAAAAAAGAAAAAAAAUCAAUGCGAACAAAAAAAAAGGUCAACUCAGACUGACUUGUACAGUACAUACCUGUUCACAUGGUGGAGAAAAAAAAGUGUAAUUUCACAGUAAUACCAAAAGGUGCACUUGAUUUUGGGGAUGCCCACGACCGACAAAACACUGCGGAAACACACUUAAGUCACACCUUAAGGAGAAAGCAGGUGUGGGUCAGUCCAUAGCCCUGUUUGUUAAGUUCAUUGAGUGCAGUCUGAGUAGUACUGUGACGUUCGUGACCGAAUUGGAUUAUUUUGAAUGGCUCCUACACGUGAAGUAUGAGAUGCGACAAGAGGCUGGGAGUCACUCAUCAGUUUUUAUUUCAUUUUGAGUAUGUGACAAGGGUCGGAUCUUCCUCACACUGAAUAAAUCAUCCAAAAGAGACAGUUUUUGAAGAUUUGUUGGUCUUUUUUACUUUAUUUAUGAUAGUAUAGUGAAGACGGCAACAGGAAGCAAGCAGGGAGAGAGAGACGGGGAGGGGCCGGCAAAGGACCUGGGCCGGGAAUUGAACCCGGGUCGGCCGCACAGCAGGCGUGCACCCCACCAUUAGGACACGGCAGGGCCCAAAAGAGCCAGAUUUUGAAUGGUCUUUUGAAAGUAACAAGCCGCUUAUUUGGAUCCCAUCAAAGAGCCAUGAAUCCCAUCUCUAUUCUGAAAGACAAACAACAAGAACUUUCCACAGUGAAUGAAAAUGGUUAGUCUGCUACAUGGACCAGCAGGGCUAUGGAUUAAUGCAUACCUGUUUUCUCCUCAAGUCACCCUCAAGUCACACAUAGAGUUUCACAUCUUUUCACUUCUUAUUUUCAUGUGGUUGUGAAUAAGAUCUUUCAACGGUAUAGUUCAUGGUUAGGCUCACUGUGUUAAACCACUGUCAUGUGCUGGCCUUCUCUACACAGUAGCGAGGCCAGCACUCUUGUGCAUUGAAAGAAACAUGUCAGUUUUUUUGUUCCAUAGUGUGUGAUAAAUGAAAUGACACUUUUAUCUCAAUUAGUUGCAGUUAUUACUCAGCCUUUGGUUUGUGUAGUAGUUUGAACAGUACAGAUUUGUCAGUGAAAAGGGUGAACGAUCAACUCCGCUCUUCAACAAUUAGACUCUGGGCACUCAAGUCAGGACAGACAUUGCAGACUUCUUAUACAGGGGACGUGGCCAUCUUGGCUUCUUUGAGAGAUAUACUCAGGAUCAGAGUGUCACUGGCAGUGGCCGCUGUUUUGUGUGUUUUUUAAUCUAUCGGUAAGGUGUAGUAUCUUAGUGCACCAACAGAGGGCAGAGUCCAGAGGGUCUGGCCAGGAAGGACUUGGGACACUCAUCAAUGAGUGUAGUGGUGGUGACCCCAAGUUAAGGCACAGAAGGAUUAUUUCAUUUACUACAUAAAACAUUAAGGAAAACUUGGAAAAAAAACACAUACAUCCUUAUACUAAUAUCUGGUUAUUUGGAAAUGUGUAUUUUGAUUUGUACUUUGUUGACCACUGCAGGUUUUGAAACAUGUUUUUUUCUUGCCGUUCAUCCUUGUUUUUGUACUUGUAUAUGCACAUUGUUAGGCUUGUUCUUAGUUUUUUUUUCUUUCUUUUUUUAUUAAAGUGGUAUGCUCUUUGUGGUUUUACUCUCCUGAUGUUCUAUUGUGUGUGUGUGUGUGUGUGUGUGUGUGUGUGUGUGUGUGUGUGUGUGUGUGUGUGUGUGUGUGUGUGUGUGUGUGUGUGUGUGUGUGUGUGUGUGUGUGUGUGUGUGUGUGUGUGCGUGCGUGCGUGCGUGCGUGUGGGUGUAUGUGUGUUGUUGAGGGUGGGGAAUUGAGACCACAGGAGAUGGACAUUUUUGUGAAGAGACGGUCACUGUUGCUGACAAAAGCACCCACCACGUGAUGAUGACUGCACAGAUAUUUUAUUGAUGCUGUUUUACUCGUUUAUUAUUAUUUUUCUGAACUUGUUUUUUUGUUUGUUUACUGGUUUGUUUUGAUUUGUAAAUGUUUUUUUAUGAAGAAUCCUGUGAUGGAUCUGCUUUAGUGCACUUAAAAACUUAAAACAAGUGUUUUUGGAUUGAGACACCUUCAUAAUUGUAUAGGUUUGUUCUAAUUAUUUGAU